AUGAGUGUAAACUCAGAAACAGAAUCUGAAACAUUGCGUAUUAGCUGUCAAUAUAAUUAUGUCUUGCAACAGUCUUAUUUGUGCACCUAUUCCGAAUACCUGAGAUAUAACUUUGAAGCAUAUCUUGAUAUUAAGGUAAAAAAUGAAGAGAAGGCCACUCUCCAAGUAUUUACAAAGAUCAUUUGUGAUGAGCUGGCUGUCCAUCCUUUGGUGAAGGAUCUUGGUUCUUGUCCUAGCUGGAGGUCUAUAUCAGUAAUAAUUAGAAAACAAAUAUGUGCUAAACACACAAUGUUGAUGAAGAAUGUUAGUAUCAACCUCACCAGAUGCCAUGAAAGUUAG